CGGAAAUAACAUCUUGUGUUUUCAUGAGAUGAAUAGGCCUGGAGGACCACAGACGUUCACCUACAUUAUCAAGAGCGUACCAAAAGCUCUUCAUCGUCCUUUGAGAUGCACCAGAAAGGAUUAAAAAUCAUAUAAAUGGGUAUCUUGGCUAUUCUUGCUAUCAGAUCUGCCUUCGUCAUUACGUUUUCUGUCCGCAUAACUUUUCUGCACCUUCCCAACCUCUUCUCUUGUCCGCUCGUACUGUAUGCGGGGGUCCUUCCGCACACCAUUAGGAACUACCUCUCACGCGCCGACUUGCUCAUUCCACCCAAGCCAGCUGCCCCUCAUACCUCUCAGUCGCCAGCCACUGCAACUUCGUUGCCAAACCCGCUGGCAACGGUCGAUCAGCCCUCGGCUUUGGCACUGCAUCCUUUGCAUCCCCAAAGUAAUCCGCUGCCGGCACAAGCUCCCACCACACAAAGUCCAUCCGCUACCGCAUUGUCGUUCCACCGGGAAGAGAGUUGAGCAAAUAGAUGACCGCUACGGGAAGUUCCUCGAACGUGGAUGGCACGAAUGAGACGCGGGUAAUGUUCCACGGAGAGGAAGUGCGGAUCAAGACGCUUUCGAUGGUUCCGGCCUGCAUGCUGUAGUCGGCCCAUGGCGUGGGGUCUUCGAUGUAGGCGUCGAGGGAGAAAGAAGAUGAAAUUAGAAG